AUGGGUUUAUUAAAAAAGACAACAGGUCUAACAGGAUUGGCAGUCGCCGCAAAUCCGCAUCACACUUUGGGCGCCCUAUAUGGUAAAAUCUUACGUACUCUCCAAAAAAUGCCAGAAACAUCAGUUUAUCGUAAAUAUACGGAACAAAUAGUACGUGAAAGAGCAGCGGUUUUAACUCAGACUAAAGACAGCUUUGAAAUCGAAAAGAAAAUCAACUGCGGUCAAGCUGAGGAAUUGAUAAUUCAAGCUGAAAAUGAAUUAAACCUAGCUAGGAAGAUGUUAAAUUGGAAGCCGUGGGAACCACUAAUGGCUAAGCCUCCUAAAGGUCAAUGGGAAUGGCCUCCAUCUAAAGCUUAA